AUGGCCGCCAACCUGCACCUGGGCCACGCACGGGCCGUCUGGAACAAAAACAUGCUGCCUUACAUCUAUGGCGAGCGCCAGGGGAUACAUAUCAUCAACCUCGAGCAUACGCUGGUCAUGUUACGCAGGGCCAUUAACGUGACCCGCGAGGUGGCCAUGAACGGAGGAAAUAUCCUUUUUGUGGGAACUCGGCCAGCGAUCCACGCAAUCACCGUGGCCGCGGCACAGCGGGCGGACGCUUACUUUGUGACGGCUUGGGUUGGCGGGACCAUCACGAACAAGGAGCGGGUGUUGCGUCGAAGUGUGGGGUACGAUCCGGAUAAGGCCCGAAGCUCGCAACCUUACGUGCACACACCGGACUUGAUAAUCAUUCUCGAUCUCCCGAAUAACGGCUUCGCAGUGCGGGAAGCGAACCAGGCCAAUAUUCCCAUCAUUGCCCUCUGCGACACAGACUGCAACCCGCGGCGGGUACAAUAUCCCAUUCCCGCCAACGAUGAUGCAUUGACUGGGGUCGAGCUGAUUGCGGGAGCUCUAGCUUUGGCCAGCAGGGAAGGCAGAACGAUGCGAGACAAGUUGCAGCAGGAGGAAUACCAAGGGAGAUGA